UCAAAUCCAAUUCCUUUCCUUCUUUCUGCCUGUUUUUAAUUUCCAGAACUGUCUUGACUGACACUCUGCAUGUAAAUGGCUCUGCUGAGCAGGAUGCAUCAUAUAAUUCAGUUGAUUCAGUUCAGCAUAUGUUCUUUGAUCACCCUUCAUUCAUAUGAAUGUGCAAAGUUUGCAAUCAGGACACGAGGAGGGGCCAGUUUAUUGGAUUGUGCAAUUGAUCGUUGCUAUUCUUUUCCAAAACAGGACAUGCAUCCUGCCAGGAGAUAUUUUAGAAGCGAAUAGCAUGGUUUGAGGAGUUUAGAAGCGACGCAGCGAGCAGUAUGCAGUGCUGUGGGAUGGGAAUGGUUUCUCCCUUCACCUGUGCUUCAAGUGGUUUGUCCCACUAUUCAGCCAGCCUACCCUGAAUGAGUCAUCCUGCUCUUCCCUGAUUGGCCGGUCGGGAUCCAUCCUGAGGGAUUGCUGUGCAGAAAGCUGCCGAGGCCUGACUUCAUUCACAGAAACGUCGGUAUGCCUGUCUGCCUUUCCAUUCACAGCCAGCCCAAAACAUUUUCCCUGCUCAGCUCCUCAGCAUCCUCUCUUCCUCUCCUCAGCAUCUCUUCUGCAUCUCCGUGACAACACCGAGCGACGUUUUUUUUUUUUUUUUUUGCUUGUUUGCUUUUGUCUCAGUGGAGGAGACAAACCCUUGCUCUCUCUCUCUCUCUCUCUCUCUCUCUCUCUCUCUCUCUCUCUCUCUCUCUCUCUCUCUCUCUCGCUCUCUGUCUUCCUUUUUUUUUCAAUUCGCAGGCAGGCAGGAAAGCGAGACGCUGGGAGGGACUGCAGUGCGUUAGCCGCAGCGGUACAGGAAGCUUGUGAAUGACUGCUGCUUCCCUGUCACAAGCUACUGGACAUUUUACAUGAAUGGCUCCGUUUUUGCUGCCUUAAUGUCAUGGGCUUCAUCCCGCUGGAUGCUUUUUAAUGGGGCCGGGAGAUCUGACAUCACUAUUUACGGUCGUAUCCCAGCCGAAUCCGGAUGGCGUUUUAGUAAGAUCGAAUCUCGACAUUGUGUAUUUGAGAGGGAUGUUUAAUUAUUCAACAAAGCUCAUUCAGGAGCAAAGCUUGGCUUGUUUUGCCUUCUGUAGGGGGAGAUAUUCCAGUGCUCAUGUGGAUGGAUUUAUCCCGAUGUUUCAUAGUAUGUAAGGAAGAAUGAACGUGACGAACAAAGAGAUAAAGCCGUAUUGGUCUCGUGAUUUAAAUUUGAGCACAUUUUAAACUCGCCGUUAACAAAAGCUAGGUAGAACGCGGUUGUGGCCAAAAGGUGAACACACUCUGGAUUUUAAUUUAUUUUUAUUUCACAAUCGUGUGCAAUCAUUAUGCUUUCUUUUCAGGAGAGCACCUCGCUUCUGAAUUAAAGUAAAACCACAAUUAUAUGAUUGAAAAAUCAGCAACCGCCAUGCACACUGACUCAAGUUUCAUUCUAUGUGGUGUACAUGUGAUCCGACAACAUGCACGGUGCUCUAUUGUGAUUUUUGCAUUUAAUUAUGUCAGACUGUUUUUGCAUCAUUUUGAGUAGUUUGAUUCAAAGAUUCUCAUUCAUUUUGACUCUGAUUUCACUGUUCUCAGUGAUCUCUUUAUAGGAUCUUUUCCAUUCUAAUUAUCCGUUUUCACACGGGCUGAAUCAAAACAGGAGACGUUCCUACGGACAGGGCAAAUUUUGCCAAUUGAUUGGUUCUGUCGAGCAGUAAGUGGGAGUUUUUUUUUGUAACGGAAAGUGCUCUGCAGUGUAGAGUGAGUCUUUUGUUGAGAAGGGUCUCUCUCUCUCUCUCUCUCGUUCUCUCUCUCUCUCUCUCUCUCUCUCUCUCUCUCUCUCUCUCUCCGAGUGAGUCAUGCAUGUUCAGGGAUCUGCCAGGAUGCGGGGAGAGAGAGAGACAUCUCUUCACUAGAGAUCUGUCUCUCUCUCUGCCAUCUCUGGCCCUCUGUAGAGGAGUGACCUCGCGCUGCUUUUCUCUCCUCGUCCUCUGUCUCCAUGGAUUCCGCGUUUUGUGGUUUAUUUUUGGUCCCCGAGUUGCUGCUGCUGCGUGGCGUCGGAUUUUCCUGACGACCACCCGCUCCCUUUUUCUUCAAACCCUCGAGGACGCUUUCUCGGCUCCAGCAUGCAAAAGAUGUGGACGGUCAGCUGGGAGUUGGAUGUGUCCGUUCGUGUGUAGGCUGGCAUACCGAGGGGAAUGCUUCACCGUGCUAAAUACAACCGAUUCCGGAAUGAGUCAGUGACGUCCGUCGAUGAGCUUCUGCACGGUCUCUCCAUGAACGCCAAGGUCUCGGCCGUCCCGCCGUCGCCGCCCGUGGGCGACCCUCCGUACGCCCCGCCAGCCGACCCCGAACCCUCGGAAGAGUCCGGAACCUUGUGCACCCUCAUCAACAAAGUCUCCAACCUCAAAUUCGCCAACUCCUCCGGACUGCUGGGCAUCAAGGGCCUGCCGUCUGCCGUCAAGGACCUGGCCGUGUCCAAGCUCCAGGGAGGAGCGACAGGAGGCGGCUCCGGCAGCCCGGGCUCGUCUACCCUCCCGGCGGCCGCCGCAGCACCUCACGCCCCGCUGGAGCCCGGCUCCGUGAGCUCGGCGAAGAAGGGCAGGAUGGAAGAGUCUCAGCCUGGUGGAGAGGGCUGGAGCCUGGGCGGGACGGGCGCCGCGGGUUGCGGCGGGCUGGUGAAUAAGCCGUCUCGUGGAUGGCUGCACUCCAGCGAAAAGAUCUCUGGACCUGGAGUGACGUACGUUGUUAAGUAUUUGGGCUGCAUUGAAGUUCUCCGGUCCAUGAGAUCCCUGGACUUCACCACACGAUCACAAAUCACACGGGAGGCGAUCAGUCUGGUGUGUGAAGCCGUCCCUGGUGCCAAAGGAGCUCUGCGCAAGAGAAAGCCUCCCUCGAAACUUCUCUCCAGUAUUUUGGGCAAGAGUAACCUGCAGUUUGCUGGUAUGAGUAUCAAUCUCAACAUCUCCACCAGCAGUUUAAACCUGAUGACACCGGACUCCAAACAGAUAAUAGCCAAUCAUCACAUGCAGUCCAUAUCCUUUGCCUCCGGUGGAGAUCCGGACACGACUGAUUACGUCGCUUAUGUAGCGAAAGAUCCUGUUAACCGGAGAGCAUGUCAUAUUCUGGAGUGCUCCGACGGUCUGGCUCAGGAUGUGAUCAGUACGAUCGGUCAGGCGUUUGACCUGCGCUUUCAGCUCUAUUUGCAGUGUCCAUCCAGCAAACCCUCAUCCAUGCACGACAAGGUUAUGAGUACGGACGAGCCCCCAUGGACAGAGGAAGGGGAGGAGUCCGCCGAUCAUCACUACUACAACAGCAUUCCCGGCAAGAUGCCGCCACCUGGAGGCUUCAUUGACGCUAGACUGACCAAUCAGACACAAGACAGCAGCCAGGGCGCUGGAGUCGACCAGACAUACUACCAGGGCCGACCCAUGUUCAUCCAACAAGGGUCCUGUGACAUAUACAGUCUCCCUGAGGUCAAAGGUCAAGCCCCUAAAGCAGGAGAAGUCCCCACGUACGUGAACACGCAGCACAUUGACACGCAGGUGUUGGCCGCCCUGCAGGGAGAGUCAGAGACGGCGUCUGAUUCAGGCACGACCGGUCCAGCUAAAGACAGCCCGAGGAAGGACCUCUUUGACAUGAAGCCAUUUGAGGAUGCCAUCAUGACUCAGACUCCAGCUCCGCCCCCUCCAGCCUCAGAACUACAUAAAGCGGCGUCUGUCGAUAACUCCAGUCCACUGCUGAUGCGAGCGGCCGCCCUGAGAGCUCAGGAGGAACUGGAGGACCAGACGUGGUAUCACGGAGAGAUGAGCCGCCGCCAGGCUGAGAAACUGCUGCUCCACGACGGCGACUUUCUGGUACGGAAGAGCGCCACAAACCCGGGGUCGUACGUCCUGACGGGGAUGCACAACGGCCUGGCCAAACACCUGCUGCUGGUCGAUCCAGAGGGAACGGUUCGGACGAAAGAUCACAUAUUCGAGAGCAUAAGCCACCUGAUUGGCCAUCACCGUGACAACAACCUGCCAAUCGUCUCGGCGGGAAGCGAACUGUGUUUGAAGCAGCCGGUCGACAGAAAACAGUGACGACACCCGAAAACGUGUGGGAGGGGUCAUGAAAAACAAACACGCUCAGAUGACUUUCCGUCGGUGAACAUGUGACUGCUGUCGAACUGCUUGACUGUGACGACGGAGGACAGCGUUUUUAGAUAAACGAUGGACGAUUUUAGUUUGGACGAUGCAAAAAGAGGAAUCGAACCUGAUUUAAUAGAACUGAUACAGUUAUUUUAUUGCGCUGGUUGAGAAUCUAUAUAUUUUUGAAGAAGACGCUGAUGGAUUUCAGACAGCCGUUGAAAACGGAAGAUCUCCAAGAGGGGAUGAGAGGAAAACCAGAUAAAGAAAAAGUAUUUUAGAAUAAAAAAAGUUUUAGUUUUGUCUAUCAAGCACAACCGGAUUUUAAUGUUCAUUGGUAAGAGAUAGAAGGAAAACAAAUAUUUGAGAAAACGAAAAACAGGAAAAAACAAAAAAACAAAAGCUGUUUAUAUUGACCUAUUUUAGGAGUUUGUCCUUUACUGCAGCUAGUGUGCGAGAUCAUUUGGUAGCUUCUAUCGAAUCACUGUUGAUUAUGCUUUUCAGAGGGAAGAUGACGUGAAUGUGUUUGCUUUAACAGAAACCACACUCCGACAUGCUGCACGUACACACACCACAACCAAAACACGCACACACACGGCUUUAAAGUACCUACAUUUUUGUAUGACGUUGAAACCUGUGGCACUCGCAUGACUUGACUUAAUUGUACUUGUGGUCAUUGUUGGUAGCAUCCAGAGCCCCGGCGGAGGUGCUUUUGUGUAUGCUCACAAUGUAAAAUAUUUAUGCUUUCCCAGUAUUCAUUGAGUUUAGCUCCUUCUUUAAACGUGUCAGAGGUGUGUAGUCGCUCGGUUCGGGGCUUACUUUAUACCUUGGAUGUUUCUAUCAGUUAUGACUUCUAUGGUUUGACUGUGGGCUUCACAAACAGACAAAUUGGUAUUAUAAUUAUUCUUCUGAUGAUUAUUUUCAAUUAAACGGUUCUAAAUGAAUAGCACAAUCAACGCUUUCCUGUGUGAGAGACGGUCUGGUGUGGUUUUGCACAGUCUAAUUACUGGAUGAACUGGAAUAUUACUGGAUUUUUCACCGUUUUUUGCCACAUUUAUUACACCGUAAACAUGCUCCUGUUGCGUUUAGUUUUGUCUUUACAUCCACAUUUCAGAUAAAUGAAAUUUGCAUCUGAUUAAAAAUUAGCACCAAGAUAAUAUUAUCAUACAUAAGGGUGCAUCUCAUAAAAAUCAAUUAAAAUCAACAGAAAAACACAAAAUUAUAUUUUUGUCAUAAAGAAAAUUAAGCUCAAUUGUCAUGACAAUAAUGUCCAAAAUGCUUCAUUUUUUAUGCUGAAUAUAAUUGAUUAUUUUCUUCUUUUUUGGUAGAAUAAAAUAUGACCUUUCCUUGUGAGAUUCACCCUUAAAUUCACUUAAAUUGUGAUUUGCAUUGCUAUCAAAAUUCUAUCAAACUGCUAUCAAAGGUUUUGUAGCCUAGAAUGAUCCUCUUAUAUGAUUGAAGACCUGUUCAGCUUCAUAUUUGCUCAACUUUCUUUUUCUUUUUUUUUCUUGAAACAGGCCAUUUUUAAUAUGAUUGUUGGUAUCGUUUACAUUCUUACAUCAUUUCGAAUAUUGUCACUCUCACACAAACACAACACAUGAUAUCUAUGUACUGACAUUUGUCACAUUAAAAUCUGGAAAUAUUGAUUUGGAGGCACAGGAAUUAUAUAUAUAUAUAUAUAU